CCGGAGCGGCGGGCAGGCGGGCGCCCGGCGGCAGAGCGGCGGAGGGGCGAAGACCGAGGACCCUGGCAGCAGCUCCCCGCCCCCCCGAUGCCCUGGGCAUGGCUGCGGGGGCCCCGCAACAGAGCGGCCAGAUGGCAGAGGAGACCCCCGGCUUCCUGGAGGCGCUCCUCCGUGACUUCCCGGCCCCGCUGAGCCCGGAGAGCCCCUUGCCAUGGAAGGUCCCAGGGCCCGUGCUGAGCCGCGAGGAGGCGGAAGGCGAGCUGGCCGAGCUGGCAUUGGGCUUCCUAAAUAGCCGAAGCGCGCCGCCAUCGCUUGCCGCCUGCCUGGCCCACGAGGCGGUUUCCCAGCUGCUGCAGUCGGACCUCUCUGAGUUCAGGAAGCUGCCGGAGCAGGAGGAAGAAGACGGGGACGGAGGGGAGAAGAAGGCCCCUGUGACGCUGCUGGACGCCGCGGGCCUGGCGCGGAGCCUCUUCGACCGCCUCUGGCAGGCGUGCGGCCAGUGGCAGCAGCAGGUGCCGGCGGCGGCCCAGGCGCCGCAGCGGCAGUGGCUGGUCUCCGCACACGCCAUCCGCAACGCCCGCCGCAGGAUGGAGGACCGGCACGUGUGCCUCCCCGCCUUCAACCUGCUCUUCGGCCUGGAGGAUUCAGUGGACCGCGCCUACUUCGCCGUGUUCGACGGGCACGGAGGAGCGGACGCCGCGAGGUACGCGUCCGUGCAGGUGCACGCGGUCGCCGCCCACCUGCCGGAGCUGGCCACGGACCCCGCGGAGGCCCUCCGCGCGGCCUUCCGCCGCACCGACGAGAUGUUCCUCUGGAAAGCCCGGCGAGAGCGGCUGCAGAGCGGCACCACGGGCGUGUGCGCGCUCAUUGCGGGCAGCACCCUGCACGUGGCCUGGCUCGGGGACUCCCAGGUUCUGCUGGUGCAGCAGGGACAGGCGGUGAAGCUGAUGGAGCCACACAGACCCGAGCGGCAGGACGAGAAGGACCGCAUCGAGGCCCUGGGCGGUUUCGUGUCGCACAUGGACUGCUGGAGGGUCAACGGGACCCUGGCCGUGUCCAGGGCCAUCGGGGACGUCUUCCAGAAGCCCUACGUGUCUGGGGAGGCGGAUGCGGCCUCGCGGGAGCUCACGGGCUCCGAGGACUACCUGCUGCUGGCCUGUGACGGCUUCUUCGACGUGGUCCCCCACCAGGAGGUGGCCGACCUCGUGCGCAGCCACCUGGCGGGGCCUCGGGGCAGCGGACUGCACGUCGCCGAGGCGCUGGUGGCCGCCGCCCGCGAGCGCGGCUCACACGACAACAUCACAGUCGUGGUGGUCUUCCUGCGGGACCCCCGGGACCUGCUGGAGCUGGAGCCCGACGCGCCGCGGAGAAGCUGAGGCGCGGACCCCCGCCCCCCGCCCCGCGAUCCUCCCCCACAGAUGCCUUAGGACCCGGCGGGAGGUGGGCAGGUGAUGCCCCCCACAGCUCGAGCGCCCUCGUGGAGGAAAGCGGCUCGGGCGGGGGCGGGGGGCGGGACCCAGGCAGCAGGUGGCGGCCGCAGCCACACCAAAGACACCUUGCACACACGCGGGGUGGCCGGGCACUGGGGGUCCUCGGGCAGGACCGGUAGGGAGCGGCAGAGGUUUCUUGUUCCCCCAACACUGCCCGUGACCGAGGGCUUGGGGGUGCCCGAGUGGGAAGGGUGGGCCUCGUGGGAAAGAGACGGGGCGCCCACCCGUGGCCUCCCCGGUGCCCGCACGCGGCUCGUGCUCCAAGGAGGGGAUGCCCAGACAAAGACGCGUGUGUCCCAUCUGUGGUCGUCUUCUCCCAGGGAAACGUUUCAUUCAGAAGCAGCACUUCAGGUUUGGUCCAUGUUCUGUCAGUGCCAAGAGGUUCCGUGGGUCAUGUAACUUAAGCGGAGCUCCGCGUUUAUUUUAUUCCCUAGGAAACUUUUAAGUAUUGAUUUUUUUUUUUUUUUUUUUUUGGUGAGAUGCUCCUUUUGCAGUAUUACUGAAAUUUUUUUUUCUCUCGAUCAGGAUUGAAACACACACUUUUCCAGGUGGUGUAAAUAAGCCAUUCAAGUGCCUUAAACAGCUGUGGGCAAGGCUGGGGCCGCUGGGCUGGGAUGGAUGCCCGGAGCACACUUCAGUUUUUUGUUUUUAACAAAAGCAGGAUUGUUUUGUCAGAGCGGCGUAAUUUUGAGUAAUAUUCUCCCCAGCAGAGUUAUUUCUGCCUUUGCACGGCCUGGGCCAGACCUUGGGGCUCCAGAGUUGGGGUGACCGUGGCCCCACCUGCCUCCCCGCCCUCCUGGUCCCGUCCCCCUGUCUGAUCGGACCCUAGGCCGAGGGCCCGAGCCCUGCCCAACAGCAGACCCGCGCCGCUGUCUGGGAUGCUCUGGAGGGCCUGGCGUGUCUGCGGUUGAGUUGGUUUCGUCGGGUCGAGGGGCCCUGACCGCCUGUGGAGGCAGUGGGAGAGCAGAGGGGAGUCUGCUCCAGCCCCGGCCUCCGCGGCCCUCCUCUGCCCGCCGCCCACUGGCCCCUGCGGCUCCGAGGCUGCAGCAAGUGCGUGACAGGUUGGCUCCCCACCCCCCAGUCGGUGUGGAGUUGGAAGCGGAGGGUGGAGGGGUCCUCUGGCCGGAGGACGUAGGAUCCUCGUUAUGGGUGGGAAAGCGUGGUGGGUGGCUUAGGCGAGGCUUCCGAGAAGGUCACUGGGGACUGGGCCGCGGGGUGCUGUGGAGGAGGUCAGAGUCCCCCCAGCAGCAGGGCCCAGGACAGGCUGCACUAAGGAAGCCCAGGCCCUCCUCACCAGGGAGGCGGCUGAGAGCCCCUCGUGAGGCCCGUUCCCAGGCUCAGCAUUGCCCCCCAACUUCCCAGCCCCAGCAGCAGGAAUGAAGUGGCUGAGCUGGGUCCUGGGCUCGCUGUAGAAGCCUCUCAAGCUGGUCACUGCGGCUCAGAGCUUUGAUGGCCAAGUGACCGGGUGUUGCUCCGUCUAACCCGAAGUUCCCACCUUCCGGGAGCCAGAAGCCCCCUCGUCAGGCCCUCCGGGCACAGGGGUUAGGGAGGGGUCGUCAAGGGGACCCUGUUCUCCCGCCGAGAGGGGUGGCCUCCUGCAGCGCCUGGUCACAGGGCCUUUUCCCCCCCGCAAUCUGGACUGGGCCCCGUCGGUCUCCUCGAGUCCUGACCCACUGCCCCAUCAGGCCACGGUCUUAAGAGGCCCCAGCCAGGGGCGCCGGUCUGGGAACCACAGUCCCCCGUUAAAGCCCCAGCUCUGUCCCUCGGUCACCGUGUGGCCCUGGGCCUCCACGUCCCCUUGGUGGGGCAUGGGGUCGCACCGAGUCCUUGCGUCAGACUGGAAUUCCGAAGCGGGGACAGGGGUGCCCGGGGCUUCGGGGGCAAUAGUCCCAGGACUAGCGCCCCUCCCUGCCCACAGGGAGGGGUGAUUAAGUAUUAUUAGUGUCUAUUCUUAACAUUAAGUGGGCUGGGGAAGAGUCAAGCUACUGAUGCCGGCGCCUUCCUUGUAUGGAAGAUGGCAGCCGGAGCCCUUGAGCCCUGCUUUUACAAGUGGGGCCGCUCCCAGCCAGCAGGGGUGGGCAGGCAGGCCCCCCGACGCAGCACACCCUCAGCGUCCAGGCCUGGGAGAGUGGCUGGAGGCAGGCCCCAAGGGAAAGGUGCAGGUUGUCAGUCUGGGGCCCUGAGUCGGCUGCCGGUGACCCCUGCCCUCCCAGGCCAGUGCUCGGCCCCCGUCACCCUUGCCCCGCAGCCAGAACUCCACCGUGGACUCGGGUGUCCUGGCCACUUCCGCAGUAUUCCCAGGGAGGCUGGACAGCUCCGCCACUCCUGGGCCCGGCCCGGCCCCGAGCCAGACGGAUCAGGUGGGCCUGUGCGGGAUGAGCUGUUGGCUUUGCUUCUGGCUGCAGCCCUGAGGGCACGCCCAGAGGCCUGCGCUCUUCCACCAAGGCUCCACGGCUUCGCCAAAUAUGCCUGCAGCCUUGCCAGGGGUUUAUCUGUGUCCAUCUCGGUGGGCUUCCCGGAAGUGGUGUUCCAUGUGAAGGGGUUUGUUCCCAGACCGGGUGGCGGUUUCCCCAUCCGAGGGACAAGUCCUGGGGCCCCCAUGCUCGUGUCAAUAAACCACAAGCUCUGAACCCCUCCACUGA